AGCAAGUAGAGAAAGAGGAUGCAAAAGCUGAGAGAUUCCAGUUGAAUUGUCUGAAUUUCAAAAAUUCUUUAUUUUUGGUUUUGAUUCUGGGACAAAGUAUUCAGGCUAUUCAUGGAUCUUCUUCAGUCUGUGAGUGUGAAUACCAUUAUUAUUGCUUAAAAUAAAGGAAAUUUUUAGCACAUAAAUUUAUUAAAAAAGAAAUAAGAAAAAUAAGAAAAAGAGAAACUAAAUAAUGAGGAUACAGAGAGGGACGGUGUUUUAAUAAGCAAUUAAGUAAAAAGAGUCGUAAUUAGUAAUGCAAAGACUAAAAUAGUGGGUGGGUUGGUGUACUAUGCACCAUCAAAAUAGAUUUUUGGAAGAAUAGGUGGGGGUGGUGUGUGAGUCAAAGCGAAUCGAAUCGAAAAACCCAAAUUCAAAUUCCAAAAAAUCAAAAUCAAAAUGGGUUCUUGCUAUUCUACUUCUACAUAUUUGGGAACAGGAAAGAGAAGCGUUACAGAUACUGUUACAGUUACAGGGGAAGUGGGUGUAUUACAGAGUUGGAAGAGUGGGAGGUGGAAGAGAAAGAAAUCAGGUGGAGAUGUAACUUACGGCGGUGUUGGUGGCGGCGGUUGUAAUAAUGAGAUUGAGAUCAUCUCUGGAAGUGGGAGUGGGAGUGGAAAGAUUUUCAUCAAUGGCUCCAGCAGUAGCAAGCUUGCAUGCUUAUAUACGCAGCAGGGAAAGAAAGGAGUCAAUCAAGACGCCAUGGUUGUUUGGGAGAAUUUCAGUUCAAGAAGUGAUACAGUUUUUUGUGGGGUAUUUGACGGCCAUGGUCCUUACGGUCAUAUGGUGGCCAAGAAAGUUCGGGAUGCUCUUCCUGUUAUUCUAUGUACUCAGUGGAAAGCUAAUUCAAAUGCUGAUCAAAGCAACAUCUAUAAUGCUGAAAAUGCUCAUGGAAGCCCAAAUUUUUCAGAAACUGCUUCUCCAAGUAUAGAUGAUGAAUGGUUCAAGUCAUUGGAGAUUGAGCAAAACGAGAAACUCCCUGAGAUGUAUCUACCACUUAAGCGAUCUUUUUUAAAGGCUUUCAAAUUAAUGGAUAAGGAAUUGAAAUUUCAUCCUACAAUUGAUUGCUUCUGCAGUGGAACUACGGCUGUUACUGUGGUAAAACAGGGUCAGGAUCUUGUUAUUGGAAAUGUCGGGGACUCAAGAGCAGUGUUGGCAACAAGGGAUAAAGAUAAUUGUUUGAUUGCUGUCCAGUUGACUGUUGACUUAAAGCCUGAUCUUCCAGGGGAAGCUGCUAGGAUCCAGCAAUGCAAAGGAAGGGUUUUUGCACUGCAAGACGAGCCUGAGGUUGCACGUGUCUGGUUGCCUAAUAAUGAUUCACCUGGUUUGGCAAUGGCUAGAGCCUUUGGGGAUUUCUGUCUGAAGGAUUUUGGUUUAAUUUCCAUCCCAGAUGUUUACCAUCACCAUAUUACUGAAAGAGAUGAAUUCAUUAUUCUUGCCACCGAUGGGGUUUGGGAUGUCCUUUCAAAUAAGGAAGCUGCGGAUGUUGUGGCUUCAGCCCCUGGUCGCACAACAGCUGCUAGAGCUCUUGUAGACUGUGCUAGUCGAUCCUGGAGGCUUAAAUACCCAACAUCAAAGAAUGAUGAUUGUGCUGCUGUUUGCCUCUUUUUUAAUCAUCAGUCUGUAAUCGAUGCAGAUGUCAUGGAGACCAGUAGAAAUACAACUAAUGAAGAGGCAAAGGAGAGAAUGGAAAUGACAAAUGACAAUGCUAAUUGUUUGGAAAUUAAUGAUUCCCAUACUUCUGUUCCUAAGCAUUCAGAUUCUACACAAGGCUCUGACGAGAUUGUGCCUGUCCCAGAGCCAAUAAAGGAAAAGUUGUUGGUGAAGGGUCAGUCCAGGAGAAGCCUAGCUGAGUUCAUUUCAACCGCAGAUGAUGAUGAGUGGUCAGCCUUGGAAGGUAUUACACGGGUUAAUAGUCUGCUAAGCAUUCCCAGGUUUUUAUCUGGUGAUAAAGGAUCAGCCAGCCGGAGAAAGUGGCUAUGACAUCUAAGGUUGUCAGUCCAUUUAAGAUGGUGAAACUGAAUUCAAAAUGCUUUGCAUCGUGGGCAUAUUUUUCGUCGGGAAGAAAUUCACUUGCAGCUAGAGAAACUGAGACUGGCAGUUGCGAGAACAACAAUCUCAGAUGCAUCAUCAGCCAGCCUUCAUUUUAGGGAGCUUUGUUUCACUGAGUUGCAGUAUUGCAGAGGUUGUUGGAGACAGUUCUUAUAGCAUGAUGGAUUGUUUUGCUUCCAGAUUUCUUGUAGCAUGGAUUGUUUUCCAGUAUAUAGUUAUCUGAACUUUCAUUUUGUGUUCUAUUUCUCUUCCUCAUAUGUGUUUUGGCCAUUAAUAAAUUAAAUAGAAUAUGUAUUUUUCA